GUUUUAUAAAUAUAUUGUCUACGAUCACAUUUCUUGUUACUGGAAGGAGUGGUCAGGCCAGCCAAUGAAUUUUGAUUUACACAAGAACCUUACUUCAAACGAAAUUAACGAAACAGAAUUUAAAUCUAAGGUUAAAUACAAUCCACCAAACGUGAGAGGAUGUAAUGACUACUGCAAGAAUCAACAGCCACGUUUUAAUGUACACAGUGAACCCAUGGCAGUUAAUAUUCAUCAACUCUUCAUACCAUUCAAACAAUGCCUGCCUGGUUGCAAAGCAACAGAGAACAUUCUAAAUGUUAGCACGAAACUCAAAAAUGGCUUCUAUAAGCAUUUAAAGAUCAUAAAACAUACAUCUUGCAAUCCUUGGAGUCCAUCUACGCAAUUACCAGCCGAUAGCAAUUUACUGGCUGUUAUAUUAAACACUUGGAAAUCACAACGUUUGAAUAAACAUCAAAGGGGAAGUGAUGCAGAUAUCAAACACAUUUUGUUAAAUAAAGGAUUGUUCCUCUACAUCACAUCACCUAAAAUGAUGUUUGCUGCUUUCGUCCUCUCAAUUGUCCUCAUUUCAAUACUUAUUCUGGACUGCAAUUUGUGUUGUCGUAAAAAAGGAAUAAUGUAUUUGUUGAUGACUUGUGGAAAGAAUAAAGAGUGCGAAGAUUGCAUAAGAAGACGUCAAACCAUGAUCGAAAUGGUUUAAUAGAAUGCUGAAAAGACACAAAUCAAAAGAAAUGAAGAAUACAGAGAACCAGACUGAGUCAUCAAUAAAAAUUGAUGCAGACACAGGAAAUGACCCCACAAGAACAAGACUUGAAUUAGUUGUGACGUGGUCAGCGUAAAUGCAGAAAAAUUAUGGGUACUAAUACAAUUAAAUCUAACAAAAUUAAUAUCAGCGUACUGAUAUAACUAUGUUUUUCCUGGUAUCUCGCAUUUGAAGUAGCUUGUAAAUCUCCGUUUGUCCAUUUUGAGAAUUAUAGACACACCUUGUGUAAUCUGCUACAUGCUUAUUUUUUAUUUAUUUCUUCUGGUUAUAUAACAAACUUGAAUUUUCCUGUGGUCAAGAUAGAAAUUAAGGCAAAACAUUCCGCUAUAACAAUAAUAUAUGCCAUCUAAACUUUAUUCGAUAAACUUUGUAUUGGACGAACUUUCUACUGUAUGGAAAUAAGCUUUGUAUUGAACAACUCUUUAACAAGCACUCUAUUAUAAGCUCAAAAAUCAUUAUAAAUAAAAUUAGAAACGAUUGUA